UGUGGCUGAUCAGGAAGCAAAUCGAUUUUCAAAAUAAAAUGGGAGCUGUGCUGUAAAUAAAAUGUCUUGGAUUCAGUUUUAACAAACAACAAGACUUAUAGAUUAAAUGCUUUUACUGUGAAGGUAAAGUUCCAGAAGUGCAGACUUCCUGUUGAAAGUGAAAGUUUGUAUUCACACGUCAUCAACAUACGAAUUCACCUGCUCACGAUGAAAAGGUUUAACGGGUUCGUGAUCGUCCUGCUCGUUUCCCAGCAUGCCUUGUGUGUGGAGGUGUAUGAGGGGGCGGAGUCUGUCCUGCUGCCCUGCUCCCCUAAUGUCUCUCAGGUGGAUGGAGUUUUGUGGAAGCGCAGCAGCUCCAUCGUUCACGCUCGUAAGCAGAGCGGCGACGACCUGAGGCUACAGGACCAGCGAUACGUCAACCGAACAUCGAUGAGGAGCGACGCUCCGCAGAGCGGAAACCUCAGCCUCCUUCUGACCAAACCCUCCGUCAGCGACAGCGACGGCUACACCUGCAUUGCCAGACACAAGGGACAAGACCUGAACCGUACAUUGGUUCCACUGAUGGUCAGAGGUCCUGUAGAAACAGAAUCAUCGUCAGUUUUGGUCGAGGUCCUCGUUCCCCUGGGAGUGAUUGUUGUUCUCGCCAUCAUCUUCAUCUUCUUUUGUUGGAAAAAGAGAAGAGACAGAGAAGGUCGACACGAGUCAUCCAACCAGGUGAACCUGGAGCCACUCUCCACUUCAGUCCUAAAGGUGGAGGUGGAAUCAGGGGCGGAGUCUGUCCAGCUGCCCUUCAAAACCACAGCUGACCUGUCCGAGGACGACAAAGUGGAGUGGAUGGACAGAAGCGACAUGAAGGUCCACGUGUAUCAGAACAUGUCAGAUCAGCCUGAAGAACAGCACCAGGCUUACAGAGGCAGAACACACAUGAGUGAAGACCCCCUGAGAACCGGUGACCUCAGUCUGACCCUGAAACACCCCACAGUCAGAGACAGCAACACCUACAGCUGCACCAUCAGCAGGGACGGACAAGUCCUGGGGAGAAAACAAGUGGAGCUACAGGUCAAAGUCCUAAAGGUGGAGGUGGAAUCAGGGGCGGAGUCUGUCCAGCUGCCCUUCAAAACCACAGCUGACCUGUCCGAGGACGACAAAGUGGAGUGGAUGGACAGAAGCGACAUGAAGGUCCACGUGUAUCAGAACAUGUCAGAUCAGCCUGAAGAACAGCACCAGGCUUACAGAGGCAGAACACACAUGAGUGAAGACCCCCUGAGAACCGGUGACCUCAGUCUGACCCUGAAACACCCCACAGUCAGAGACAGCAACACCUACAGCUGCACCAUCAGCAGGGACGGACAAGUCCUGGGGAGAAAACAAGUGGAGCUACAGGUCAAAGUCCUAAAGGUGGAGGUGGAUUCAGGGGCGGAGUCUGUCCAGCUGCCCUUCAAAACCACAGCGGACCUUAAGGACUCAUCCUUGAAAUGGUUGCUUGAGGAAUCUGAACCAUCAAAAACAGUCCAUGUUUUUUGUAUCGACCCUGAUGUGCCUGAAGAACAGCACCAGGAUUACAGAGGUCGAACACAGAUGAGUGAAGACCCCCUGACAACCGGUGACCUCAGUCUGACCCUGAGACACCCCACAGUCAGAGACAGCAACACCUACAGCUGCAGGGUGUUUUAUCAGGGACUCCAUUUCCUGAUAGAGAAAACUGUGCAGCUUGAGGUCAAAGAUGGAAUCCUGGGCGAAGAUGAAACGAUCAACAAUAGAAGAAGCAGUUUCACUGAUCCAACUCCUCUGAUGGCGGAUCAAUCCGACCAAUGAAUUUUAUCUGCCUGUUGUUAUCCUGAUUUCUGUCUCGUCAAGUUUAUUCUUUUCCUUCUCCGAGUCCAGAGCUGUAGGAUCCAGAUCUGUUACCACUGCUGAGCUAUUACCAAUACCUGUGGUUGUUGUUGUGACCUGGUGCUGUUGUAAUGAAUAAUAUUAUUACCUCA